AUGUUCGCGAAAUUUAAGCCCCGCACCCCUCUGGGUAACAGCCAAGCGCAAUUUAAAAGUCAACUGGCCAAAAACGCCUCUCAACUGAAUCGCAGUUUACCAACAGCGGAAAAUUUGUGCAAAAAGAGCAGCCAAUUGCGGCAAACUAAAUUGACUGUGUGUCGUAAGGAUAACAAACUGAAGUACGAAGGUUUCGUUGAGGAAGCUGCGGACAUUCGGCCCAAAAAAGAAUUUGUCUACGUUCCAACACCGCAAAUCCUGGAAAAAUCCAGUUGCGAGGUCUCAGUAAAAAAGGAAGCACCAGGGUUACCAAGCUCCCCGAUGUUAAAACCAGGACGAAACCUAAUUAGUUUGAUCGGCCGCGUGGAUUUCUGUCUUAAAACCCACAAAAUGUAUCCGGAUAUUAACGCUAUUUGGAAUGUUUAUGGAAAAUUGUUACGGAUCAUUGUGGGAAAACGUGGAGAGCACACACUGCUCGUGCGAAACAAAGAUUCGGGGCCCGUCCUACAGGGAAUUUACUACGAUUUCGAAGGCGUUAUGAGUUCUUGGAGCCCAGGCUGCUUUUUCCAUCUCGUGGGCCAAUUUAUUGGCGAAAAUCGCUUGAAGACAUUUAAGAUUGCCCAGGUAAGCGACAUUGACUGGCAACAGCAAUUUAUGCGCAUUGAAAAUGUGACAUCGUAUAUUCUAUUGCAAAACACUGUGCGCAAGUAAUUU